AAUGACAGGUGCGUUGUCCAAAGAAGACUCAUAGAAGAUGUUCCAGGAGACUGAUGAGAAGCUCAAAUCUGAUGAAGCAGAUGCUAUUUUCUUCCAGCUCAUUGCUUGUUAUUUGAUUAAAGAUUGUUUAGACCAGAAUGAAGCAGGAACUGAAAAGUUAAAGCAUCGGUAUGAUCUCACCACAACAGUCGAAUUGCUACAAUAUAUUGGAUUUGGAAUCACAUCACUCUAUGAGCUGCCAUUUCUGGCAUUUUUAUUCAAAUAUGCACUGGUGCAGAUGUGCAAGGAUGUAUAUAUGAAACUGCGAUUUCAUUCUGAAGAGAUGACUGAAUCUGUUGGACGUGAAUUUUUUCCUAAAGUUGUCAUAGAACUUGUAGGGUAUGUUUCUUGUCAAGGCUUUCUGCAUCCUUUGUGCUCUCAAUGAAAGAAUUCAACAAGCUGGUUUGGCUACUGAGGUAGAAAUGAUUGAA